AUGGAGGAAAGUAUUGCAAGAAUUGAAGAAUCUUACAGUCAUCUGAAACAAGAAAUCCAAGUUUUGAAGAAGAUUACAACUGAAGUUACUAACAAGGUUGUUGGACAUGAAGAUGCAUUUUCUUAUAAGAAUCCUUGUUGGUUUAACGCGUAUAAGAAUCUGAAUUCUUCGUGUUCAGAUAUUUUGGGUGCAGAUGAAAAGAGAAGCAGGUUUGCUUGGUAUUUGAGUGAUUGUUUCCAAACAGAUUCAGGGAGGAAUCCUUUUCUUCAUUGUAAGGUUGAAAGUAAGAUGGUUGAUUGUCUUCAAAAGUUGAAUAUUAAUGAUCGUAAGAUUUACUUGGAAUUUUACCUCGAGACUCACUCAAUUUGCCAUCAGUUACGAAAAAAACUAGAAACCAUGAAAGAAAAAACAGAUACUCUUGUCCAUAUCUUGAAUCAAACACAAGAAUCAAUAACAUCGAUUGAUGAAGUAACACAAAAAAUAGGAGCAACUCUGAUGAACAUGUUAGGCAUUAUCAUGAAGCACACGGAAAAGCUUAACGAGCAAGCAAGUGCCAUUGCCUUUUCUUACGUAGAGUUAUUAAAAAGACAAAGUUUGAUGAAGGAGAAGACGAAGGAGAAGAUGAAGGAGAAGAUGGAGGAAAGUAUUGCAAUAGUAGAAGAAUUUUACAGUUAUCUGACACAAGAAAUCGAGGUUUUGCAGAAGAAGACAACUGAAGUUGGGAAGAAGCUAGGUUGUUGA